AUGUACGGCAGAGAUCCGUGGGGUGGGCCGUUGGAGAUCAACGCCGACUCGGCCACCGAUGACGAGCGGAGCCGGAAUUUGCACGAGCUGGACCGGGCGGCGCUGUCGCGGUCGCUGGACGAGACGCAGCAGAGCUGGCUGCUGGGGCCGACGGAGCAGAAGAAGAAGAAGUACGUGGAUCUGGGGUGCAUAAUUGUGAGCCGGAAGGUGUUCAAGUGGACUGUUGGGUGCAUCAUUACCGCCGCCCUUUUGGCCGCCUUCAUCACCAUGAUCGUCAAGCUUGUGCCGCGCCACCACCCUCACGACCCGCCGCCGGAUAACUACACCCUCGCUCUUCACAAGGCCCUCAUGUUCUUCAAUGCUCAGCGUUCUGGAAAACUACCCAAGCACAAUAAUGUAUCAUGGAGGGGUAAUUCCGGGUUGCAAGAUGGCAAGUCGGAUGAUGCAACGAUGUUUAAAGAUUUGGUUGGUGGGUACUAUGAUGCUGGGGACGCGAUCAAGUUUAAUUUCCCUCAAUCUUUUGCCAUGACCAUGCUGAGUUGGAGCGUGAUUGAAUACAAAGCAAAAUAUGAAGCCACCGGUGAGCUUAACCAUGUUAAAGAAAUAAUUAAGUGGGGUACCGAUUACCUCCUCAAAACCUUCAAUUCCUCGGCUGACACCAUUGAUCGAGUUGUUGCACAGGUUGGAUCUGGGGAUACUUCAGGAGGGAGUACAACACCGAAUGAUCAUUAUUGUUGGAUGCGCCCUGAAGACAUGGACUAUCCUCGGCCUGUGACUGAGUGCCACAGUUGCUCUGAUCUUGCUGCGGAGAUGGCUGCUGCUCUUGCAUCUGCAUCCAUUGUAUUUAGGGACAACAAAGCCUAUUCGCAAAAACUUGUUCAUGGUGCUCGGACCCUCUUCAAGUUUGCUAGGGAUCAACGUGGCAGGUACAGUGUCGGUAGUGAAGCUGCAACUUUCUACAACUCCACUGGCUACUGGGAUGAAUUUAUCUGGGGUGCCACCUGGCUGUAUUACGCAACUGGAAAUUCUUCCUAUCUUCAACUCGCGACAACUCCAGGUCUAGCUAAGCAUGCGGGUGCGUUUUGGGGAGGGAAAUUUUACGGUGUGAUGAGCUGGGAUAGCAAGCUUGCUGGAGCUCAAGUCCUCCUGAGUCGAAUGAGAUUAUUCUUGAGCCCCGGAUAUCCUUAUGAAGAAAUUUUGAUGACAUUCCACAACCAGACAAGCAUAGUCAUGUGCUCCUACUUGCCAUACUUCACCUCAUUUAACAGAACGAAAGGAGGUUUGAUACAGCUCAACUACGGGGCUCCUCAGCCUCUUCAGUAUGUAGUAAACGCAGCAUAUUUGGCUACCUUGUUUGCUGACUACCUCGAUGCUGCUGAUACUCCCGGAUGGUACUGUGGACCCAAUUUCUACUCUAUUGAUGUCCUCCGCAAAUUUGCUGCAACACAGAUCGAGUAUAUCCUUGGCAAGAACCCGAAAAAGAUGAGUUACGUCGUGGGAUUCGGGAACCACUAUCCAAAACGUGUUCACCACCGUGGCGCAUCAAUCCCUAAAAACAAGGUCAAGUACAACUGCAAAGGAGGAUGGAAAUGGAGGGAUUCCAAAAAGCCAAAUCCAAAUACCCUUGUUGGAGCCAUGGUUGCUGGUCCUGACCUACGCGACGGUUUCCAGGAUGUCCGGACUAACUACAACUAUACCGAGCCAACGCUAGCCGGCAAUGCUGGUUUAGUGGCUGCCCUUGUGGCUUUAUCGGGAGCAGGAGGAGGCGGGGGAAGAAGCGUCGGAAUCGACAAGAAUACUAUGUUUUCUGCAGUGCCUCCUAUGUUCCCCACCCCACCUCCCCCACCAGCACCUUGGAAGCCUUAAAACAAUACCCUUUGGGUAAUUGGGUUAUACUCACUUCAUUUCCACUUUUUGAUUGAUACAGGAAUGAAAUCUGACACCAUUACACUUGAGCCAAUACAAAAAUAUAAGAAACACAAUGGGUGGGUGGGUGCAUCUGAGUGUGUGUGAAUCGUUGGUGUUGUAUACAGGGAGGGAUCUAUGUAUAUAACAAACAGACCAGUUAUGUGGUGUAUUCUUUGAAUUUUGAAACACAUAAAUAUAAAUUCCAAAAUGUGUCAUU